UUGAUCUAAUUCUUCUACCGUUUUGAGACGAGAUUAUGACAUCCAUAACCAACCAGGAGAGGGAGGAGAGAGAGAGAGAGAGGGGUUUUAUGUUAUACAGUCACACACACACACAGAGAAAGAAACGCACUGCGCAGAGCUGAAAAGCUCAUCACCUGCGAACAAAUCAGACGGAGAGAGAGAGAGAGAGGCUUGAGUUUGUGUGAGCUGCUUGCAGAGUGCAGAGGAGAGAAAGGAUAUGGCGGCGUUGCAGAGAGAGGUAAGUUCUGCGGGAUUCAUAAAUGCUUGGAAAUUACAGGCGAACAGCGCAGCACAGUGAAGAGGACGGAUUAAAAGCGCGAUUAACGCUGCCAAACUGAGUUCUAGCUAUCUCUGUCCCUCUCUGCAGAUUUUCAUUUUUCACCAUUCUCUUCAAAUAUUUUCAUAAAAAUUAAAACUUCAAGGUGAAUAGUAAAUACCCAUUAGAGAAUUGGGUCGGAGUUUGAGCUUGAUAUGGAUUUUCGGUCACAAUUUGGGUCUCGGUUAAGGAAGCAGCAGCAAUGGCUGGUUUUUUCUCAUUAGGCAGAGGCGGCAGCGACGACCAGCAUAAUAGCAACAACCCACCCCCGCCUGAUCACCACAACCACCAACAAAUUGCUCCGGAGACGUUGUUCUGGUACAAGAAUGAGGACGUGGCAAAUCAGCCGUACAAGGGCUUCGAGCUGUUGCAGCAACAGGAGCAGCUCCUCCAGCUCCAAACCCAGCCGCCCCCACGGCUUUACCAGCCUCAUCCCCACCACCAUCAAGAUCUCUACGCUUCUGCGGCUGCUCUAGGGGUGGGUCCCAGCAGCAGGGGAUCGGAUGACACUUCAUCGUCGAGGUCGGCCGCAGCGGCGUUUACGAUGAUGAGGUCGUCGUCAGGAGGAAGAGGAGGAAGCGGAGGAAGCGGAGGUGGCGCCAGCUGUCAGGACUGCGGGAACCAAGCGAAGAAAGACUGCAUACACAUGAGGUGCAGGACUUGCUGCAAGAACCGAGGGUUAGACUGUCCGACCCACGUCAAGAGCACGUGGGUUCCGGCGUCGAAACGCCGUGAGCGGCAGCAGCAGCUCGCCGCCUUGCAGCACCAACACCACCAACAGCAAGAUCAUUUACAACAACACCAGAACCAACAGCAGCAGCAGCUUCAAGUGAUUCGUGGAGAAAGUUCGAAAAGACUCAGAGAAAAUCCGAGCUCGAAUCCCUCUCUUCGUAUUCACACAAACACAAAUACUUCAGGCUUGGAUGUGGUGAAUUUCCCGCCGGAAGUAAGAUCGCAGGCUGUAUUUCGCUGCGUGAAAGUGAGCGCAAUGGACGACGAGGUCCAGUACGCGUACCAGACGGCUGUGAACAUCGCAGGCCAUUGGUUUAAAGGAAUUCUCAACGACCAUGGACCCGAAUCCCCUAACUACAACAUGAACAUGGCAGCUGAAACCUCGUCUGGUGGUGGAGUUAAUUUCCAACCGCUCAAUCUCAUCGCGGGAGCCACCACCGCCGUUAACACAGCAUCCAUUGACGGUGGUGGCGGUCACGAGGGAAUGGCAGUGGCGGGUUCGACGACAGUUAUAGAUCCUUCUUCUCUAUAUCCAGCUCCAAUUAACACAUACAUGGGUACGCAAUUCUUCCCACCACCAAGAUCUUGAUGGAACAAAAGUUUACACUUCCCACAUUCUUCAUCUUCUUCUUCUUCUGACUACCUACCUACGACGAGCAACUGUUCCGUACGUAGUAAGUGUGUACUCUCAAAUCUUUUGAUAAUAUCUUUGUAGCAAAAAUUGAUACCCACAUUUGGACUAGCCUAGCUAGGAAGCUAGAAAGAGAGAGUUGAAAGAAAGUAUUGAUGCGCGAGGAACGUAUUUGUUUUGUUGACAGUUUCUAAUGCUUGUUAAUUAGUUAAUUUGAAUGUCAUCAUCUAUUAUGAUUGGUA